CACCCAAACAACGAAUUAAAAUAAUUUUGGAAAAUAGCGCACAGUGAAGGAAAGUAAAUUUAUUAUCUGCUGUUUUGUGGAAAAAAUUUAAAUUGUUCGGGAAAAUAAUAUUCAUGUUUAGGAAUGCAUUUCAAAUAAAAAAGCGUUUGAAAAAUUGAAAAAAACAAGGAGUUUUGAAAUGGCACAAUGUUGGUGAUGACACCACACGAAUAAAGAAAACAAAAUUUAGUAAACACGACGGGAAAUUCUUUCAUUACUUAUCUCAUGCAAAGCAGAGGAAAACGACAAAAACAGCGAACGAAAUAGAUUUAAUCUAAAGUACAGUUGCUGACGCAGAGGGCGGACGCAGUGUUUGUGCUGGCAUUUGCAACACGCCCGCCCACAAAGCACCUCACGGCCGUAGUGAUAGAACGGAAGAUAUUAAAAAUCGGACGAUAAGUAAUUAAUACCAAAUAUGGCCAGCAUAUCGGACCGGAAGCGAAAUACGUUCUUAAGUUACGUUGCACCCUCCCCUGGUGACAUUCCACGACAAGAGGGUAGUGAUGACUGGCUUCCAACAGAGCUGCGUGACCUUCAUUUGGCUAAACCGCGCUUAUUGCCUAGUGAGCUUGUUGUGGCGUCUGCACCUGCAUACCUCUUCUCAGCAAUAAUGCCUGCUCCUAGUGAGGGUUCUGAACUAGAUACCUCCCGGCAGGCGGUAUUUGGUUUACUAAGCGUGACUAAUUUCAAAAUGGCUUUCGUGCCAUUACAGCGCCAACAACAUGAAACGCCACCGCAGGAAUCUUAUCAGGAACAUUUAUACUUGCAACGGAACGAUGUCACUUUAAAUAAUAUCGACUACGUAUACCAGUUGGCGGAAGGCGGGAGAGUCAGCGUAAGAGCACUCAGCGGCGGCAACAAACGCAAAAAACUUGACGCACAACAAAAAGUGAUGAGUAGUCGGAUAACGUCUCUUCACAUUAUUUGUAAGAACUUUCGACUACUAAAAUUUGCCUUCCAGCAGUCGAGAUCUGGACCUGAUUAUGGCAAGCUGAUAGCUUCGGCGCUUGCGCGAUUCGCCUAUCCAUCACGCCAUGAUCUCAGUUUUGCGUACUGUUACCGCGAGCCAUAUUAUUCCAUGCUGGGAAAAUCUAGCGUCACGAUGUAUAGCACAAAAAAUGAUUGGGCUCGAGAAUUAAUCCGAUGUGGAGCCAACGAAUGGCAAGUUGUGAGUGCGGAUAGUGUUCCCCAAUUGCAAAAUUUAUUACAAGCACCGAAGUAUACUCUGCCCCCUCACUUUGUCAUUCCUAAAUGCUGCACAAUUGACCGAUUUCUAGAUUUGUCACGUGCAUUCUAUGAUUCGCGUGCUGCCUUUUGGGUAUUUGGAUACGGGAAUGCAUCGCUAGUACGUUUGGCUGAAUUGAAACCCUCAAUGCAACAAGAUACGAAAGUCGAGAACGUGACACUUGAGCUGGUGAGGAAAUGUGAUGAACGGCGCACUCUAAAGCUGCUUCAGUUGACAGAUCGCCUUCCUAGUAUCCAAGAUGUGCAAAGAGCCUAUCUAAAGUUUCGUCGCCUUUGCACAGCUGAAAGUCCACAAGAGUUUCUUGUGCAAGACUCCAAAUUUCUAACAAAUGUAGAAAAGUCGAAUUGGCUCUUCUAUGUGUCACUAUGCCUUCGAUACUCGUGUGAGGCUGCCGAAUCAUUGCGUACCGGUACGACAUGCGUGCUGCAGGAGACCAACGGACGGGACUUGUGCUGUAUAGUGUCAAGUUUGACACAAAUAAUAUUAGAUCCUUUAUUUCGGACAAUUGAUGGAUUCCAGUCUUUGGUGCAGAAAGAGUGGGUGGCGUUGGAGCAUCCCUUUCAGACUAGAUUGGGCCACGUGCGUGGUGAUGCGUCUGAAGAGGAGGAAAGUCCCGUAUUUUUACUAUUUUUAGACUGCGUGUGGCAGCUGCUACAACAAUUUCCAGAUGAAUUCGAAUACAGCCAAACAUAUUUGACGACCUUGUGGGAUGCGUGUUUUCUGCCCAUUUUCGACACGUUUCAAUUCGACACAGAAGCAGAUCGUGCACGUGCCGUACGUGUAGGCAAUUUGGUACUUCGACCCGUUUGGGAUUGGGGAGAACAAUUUGCUGAGAAGGACAAAGUCUUUUUCACGAACCCUUUCUAUCAACGCCAACGACAGGAGCAGCAGAACCGUCGCUCCAUAGCGAUCCCUGCGGGUGCUAUAAUGUUACCGGGACUCGCACAAAUACCUUCAUUAAAACAAGGGCAACAACAACGCUUUACCACUAUCAAUUCGCAACUGUUUGUGACCUCAUCCACCAUACCAAAGGAUCGCUACUUAGAGCCACGACACAGCAUGGCUAAUUUGGCAAUAUGGGAACAAUGUUACUAUCGCUGGAUGCCAAUUUUGGAGAUCAAACACGGUGGCUUUCCACAGAUUGAUCUGAAUCACCGCCUACUUCUGAGCAACAUUGCUAAAUUGCAACGUUGUCUAGAACUCCAGGAAUUCGAUGAUCUGCCAGACAUUUAUUUUGAGCGAACUGGUGAAAAGCGGGCACCAAUAGACAACGCUACAAAGCGACGCAGCAGCAUUGAAAUGAUCGAAGGCGUUGAAAGGCGUCGGAAGUGUUCCUUGUCGGCUACACUGAAUGGAUUGAAUAGUAUUGGAUUGCUGCCAGAAAUUUCUUCGUUUUUCCCCUUUAGCAUAAACACUGGGGAAUCCGAGCAGCUUAUCGAUAUACUUACAAAUAGCAAUGAAUUUCUCUUAGAGGGAUCAUUUAUGGAGCGCUUAUCAAUUGUGUAACGUACGACGCGUUAUGACAAUAAGUCUGAAGCAGCUGAAUUGGGUUAGAACCAAACGAAAAUUAAGCCUCUCAUUGAAAAUGAUUGUUAUACCAGUUUCUUUAUUUAUAAUUAUGAAAAACCUAUAAUUGGGAAACUUGUAAGAGGUAAUUGGCUAACUUAAAUAUUGGGAGUACAAUAUUAAACAUUUUUGGAGGGUGAGAGAUAUUAUAAACCCUUCGGAGUUUGCCCCCAAAAUUUCUUAUUGUCACCAUACUCGCAUUCACAAUACAACGAAUGUCGGAGGAAGCUAACUAUCCAAAAUCUUUAAGCAUACCUUACAUAAAAACAUAGUAUUAUUGAUAUCUUUUGCUACUUUAAUUUUCAAAUGGGAUAUAUGAUGUUUUUUUUAGAAAAAUGAGUAAUUUAAUACUGACUAUAAAUUAUUUUAUUAAAAAUUUACUGAUUAAUGGCAGUUAUGUUUACAAAACCAUUCUUACUCACUACGUAGUAGUUAUGUAUUAUUGUACAUAUUAUAUGCGUGUUUUUAAAUAUUAUUUGCAAUUUUUCUGCAUUUAAUAACGGCGUUUUAAAUCUAUUUUUCUCAGAGUGAUGUUAUGGUUUCGUCUGUGACCAAUAAAAAAAGUCGAUUUCAUCCAACCACAGUUGAAUCCUAAUCAAAAAGUUUUAACCAAAAGGGCGUUGCAUUCUAACAAUAUGAAAAAAAGAAAAACCACAAAAAAUAAUAACAUUGAUAAAAUUACAAAUUAGUGGGUAUACAACACAAAUACUAAAAUAUUUAUUAUAUUUUAAUAUAUUUUAUGUAAUAAUUCACCUACGAAUAUGUAUAAUUGAAGUAUAAGUAAUAUGUUUAAAAUACAUUCAAUGUAUUGUUGAGAUAACAAAGCGAUAAUAAAGUGAAGCUAUACGACA